AGAAGAAUUUUUACUUUUAUGAAGAUAACAAAAAAAUACUAAAACUUUUAUUCUUGGAGUAAUCUUAAAUGAAAUUCUAUUGCCAACUCAUACUUUGGUACUGCUUUUGUUGUUUUUUAACAACAACAGAAACACAAUUUAUGAUGAUGUUUAUCCAUUUUGUUCCUUGAUUUGCUCAAACCACUCUCCUAUAUAUUUUCUUCUAUUCUCAUUCAUUCUCUCAUUUUCUUAUCUUCUCAGUUCUUAAAAUUCUCUCCUGUUUUCAACUGCUUUUGAAAAGCUUUCUUCUUGGGUUUUGUUAAAAUUUGGUUUUUAGAAAUGGGUUCUGCUUGUAAUUUUGAUCAGACUGUAUUAGUGACUGGUGGAGCUGGAUUUAUUGGUACACAUACUGUUAUUCAGCUUUUAAAUGAAGGGUUUAAUGUUCACAUCAUUGAUAAUCUUGAUAAUUCUGUGGAAGAAGCUGUUGAGAGAGUUAGGUGUUUAGUUGGGGAGGAAUUAUCUAAGAAAUUGAAGUUUCAUCUUGGUGAUCUUAGGAUUAAAGAUGAUCUUGAGAAAUUGUUUUCUACCAUCAGGUUUGAUGCUGUGAUUCAUUUUGCUGGACUUAAAGCUGUUGGAGAGAGUGUUGCGAAUCCGAGACGAUAUUUUGAUAACAAUUUGGUUGGAACUAUUAAUCUUUAUGAGGUUAUGGCUAAAUAUGGAUGCAAAAAUAUGGUUUUCUCAUCCUCUGCAACUGUUUAUGGGCAACCGGAGAAGAUUCCAUGUGUUGAGGACUUCAACUUAGUUGCCAUGAAUCCAUACGGUCGGACCAAGCUUUUCCUUGAAGAAAUUGCUCGUGACAUUCAAAAGGCAGAACCAGAAUGGAGAAUUAUUUUACUUAGAUACUUCAAUCCUGUUGGAGCUCAUCAGAGUGGUAAACUUGGUGAAGACCCCAAGGGUAUUCCAAACAAUCUUAUGCCAUACAUCCAACAAGUAGCGGUUGGUAGAUUGCCUGAGCUGAAUGUAUAUGGGCAUGACUAUCCCACUAAGGAUGGUAGUGCGGUACGAGAUUAUAUUCAUGUGAUGGACUUAGCUGACGGUCAUAUAGCUGCUUUGAAAAAGCUUUUCAUCUCCGAGGAUAUAGGUUGUACCGCCUACAACCUAGGAACUGGAUGUGGAACAUCUGUGCUUGAAAUGGUCUCUGCAUUCGAGAAGGCAUCUGGCAAGAAAAUCCCGAUUAAGCUGUGUCCACGAAGACCAGGAGAUGCAACAGCGGUUUAUGCCUCUACAGAAAAGGCUGAAAAAGAACUUGGCUGGAAGGCAAAAUAUGGAAUAGAGGACAUGUGCAGAGACCAGUGGAACUGGGCAAGCAAUAACCCAUGGGGUUACCAACGCAAACCUUGAAGGAUACAUCAAAUAAAGAGAUUUCAAAUGUGCCUUCAUCAAGUCCUACAUAAAUGUCAAAUAUCUACUUGGAACUAAUAACGUUUUCUCCGUUCUUAUCGGUAUGAUGUAUGGGUAAGGGUAUCGGACCAACUUUACUGACCCUUUUAGAAAUAAAAAAACAGGAAGAUUUUACUUCAGUUUUCCUUCUUUUACAGUGGAUUGUUGUAAUCCAUCCUGUUGAAGCUUUUGCUGAAAGCAUGAGGUUCUUUUACCAAUGUGUAUAUUCCACUUUGUAUCCAGAAUUUCAAUGUUAUGAAAUGAAUUCUCAGGAGUGUAAAAUGUCAGUGCUCCUAGCCUACCUCCAAUGUUACUCUAGACUUGUAACAUCCAAUUUGUAUGUAUUUAUUGUUAAUGAAAUUCAGAGUAAAUCUCAAGA